AAUGUUCCUUUCCAUUCUUAGGGUUUGCCGCAAAUACGGAAAUACCCACUGAAAUCUCUUUAUCAGAGUUGGAUCCGAGCCAAUACAGCGAGUGAGAAGAACAGCCGACGCCUUAGUAUGCCGGCGCCGAUGGAGACGGAAGCACGCAACGGACAAGUUGGCGGCACAGUGGCGGUGGUGAUGGUGCCGCUCACGGCGCAAAGCCACCUCGCGCAGCUGCUCCACCUUUCGCUCUUCCUCUGCUCCCUCCCGGGCCUCGCUGUCCACUACGUCUCCACCACCACGCACGUCCGCCAGGCCACCUCCCGCCUCCACCGUGCCUGGUCCGCCUUCGCCAACGCCAUCUCCUUCCACGAGCUCCCCAUUCCUCCCUUCUGCAGCCCGCACCCGGAUCCCUCCGGCACCAAGUUCCCCGCCCACCUCCAGCCCAUGUUCGACGCCUUCGAGCACCUCCGCUCUCCCGUCGGCGCACUCAUCCGCUCCCUCUCUGCUUCCUCCCGCCGCGUCGUUGUCAUCCACGAUCCGCUCGCCUCCUUCGCCGCAGAGGAGGCUGCCGCCCUCCCCAACACCGAAUCCUACGUCUUCCACUGCCUCCCCGCCCUGUUCCAGAUCCUCUUCACCCGACCCUCCUCCGCACUCGAGCUGAGCCGUGACCACGGCCUCACCCUCCCGUCCUCGGAGGUCAUCAUCACUGAGGAGUUCGCGGCCUUCGUCCAACGGCAGUGGACCCCUUCCAGGAUCGCUCACGCCGCCGGGAUUCUCCUCAAUACGUGUCGCGCGCUCGAGGGCGAGUUCCUCGACAAGAUCGCGCUAGAACCCGAUUACUGCAGCAAGAAGCUGUUUGCCAUCGGCCCACUGAGUCCGUUGGCCGCAGUCGCCGGCGCCGGCGCCGGCGUGGGCAAGCGUCUAGUGAGCUCUCACGAGUGUUUGGAUUGGCUGGACAAGCAACCGCCGGCGUCAGUGGUGUACGUGUCGUUCGGGACGACGACAGCGAUGUCCUCGGAGGAGGUGAGGGAGCUGGCGCAGGGGUUGCUGCUUAGCCAGCAGCGGUUCCUGUGGGUGCUGAGAGACGCCGACAGGGGCGACAUAUUCGCGACGGAAGGGAGAGACGACGGCCAGCAGAUGGAGCUGGAGGCGGAAUGGGAAGACAAGGUGGGAGAGCGGGGAAUGGUGGUGCGCGGGUGGGCGCCGCAGCUGGACAUCCUGACCAACCAGGCUACAGGGGCGUUCUUCAGCCACUGCGGAUGGAACUCGUGCACAGAGAGCCUCUGCCUGGGCGUGCCGAUGGUGGCGUGGCCGAUGCACUCCGACCAGCCCACCAACGCCGCGCUGGUGGUGGACUACCACGGCGUGGGCGUCGCCGUACGGGGCGGCGGCGAGGCGAUGGGGUCGGAGGAGAUCGCGGCGGCCAUCAGGCAGGUGAUGGUGGGGGAGGAAAGCGAGGGCGUGAGGCGUCGGGCGAGGGAGCUGGGGGAAGCGGUGCGGGCGGCGGUGGCCGACGGCGGAGCGUCGCGUGCCGAGCUGGACGCCUUCGUUGCUCUCAUCACCAGAUGAAACCCAAGUCAAAUUUUCUAUUUAUCAAAUUAAAUAAAUAGCUAGCAAAAUCAAAUCCACCGUUUAAGAAGUAAUUUAUCAAGUACUUAAUCUGAUGCCAAUCGAUUCGAGGUGGUCCAUUUUCUAUUCCCAUUUUCAGAUCGCUAGCAAUUAAAUUUCUGUUGUCCUCUUUUCCUAAA